GAGAGGGCGUGGCCAGAGCGGCGCGUGGGUUCGCUUGGGUGACACAAUUAUAACAACUUUAUCUUCGCGGCCGAAACGCGCUUUAUUUGUCAAAUACUCACAUCUUGGAUAUUGUACUCAGUUAUUUGCAUUCAAAUAGCUGCACGAUACCACUUUGUGAUGAAAAAUGUGACGUUUGAGGAGCUACCCGGAGAGCGCUUCUGUCCCCCCCGAAAGGAUUUACUACAUCGAAUCGCAUCUUUUCAUCCCGGAGAAAAGUUUUUGAUCGUUUCGCUCUCUUCAGUUUUCCUUCUUUGAUUUGGCGGAGCGAUCCGUUCGUCCCCGCGUCGCGAUUUUCCAUGCAAUCGUGCGGUGUGUCUCUCGCCGCUGCUGCCUGCGCUGCUGCUCGGAGUCUCGGCUCGGCUUCUUCUAGUGGUGAUGAGGGAAAGAAAAUGGCGGCGGGAAAAGCGAGUGAAACAGAGGAGGACUUUCCGACACUGACAGCCGAGGAGAGGGAUAGUUUGGCUGGGAUCGACAGCUCACUGUUUGGAUUUCAGAAGCUUCAUGAAGAUGGCGCCAGAACGAAGGCCCUGUUGAUGAAGGCUGUUCGGUGCUACGAUUCACUCAUCCUUAAGGCCGAGGGCAAAGUGGACCCUGAGUUAUUCUGCCAGCUGGGCCACUUCAACCUCCUCUUGGAGGAUUAUCCGAAAGCAUUAUCAGCAUACCAGAGGUACUACAGUUUACAGUCAGACUACUGGAAGAAUGCCGCCUUUCUGUAUGGCCUCGGAAUGGUCUACUUCCACUAUAAUGCCUUUCAGUGGGCGAUCAAAGCAUUCCAGGAGGUGCUGUACAUUGACCCGGGGUUCUCCCGGGCUAAGGAGAUCCACCUGCGCCUAGGUCUCAUGUUCAAGGUCAACACAGACUACGAGUCAAGCCUAAAGCAUUUUCAGCUGGCUUUGAUUGACUCCAACCCCUGCACUUUGUCCAAAGCUGAAAUUCAGUUCCACAUUGCUCAUCUGUAUGAGAUUCAGAAGAAAUACCGGGCUUCCAAGGAGGCUUACGAGAGCCUUCUGCAGACAGAGGAUCUUCCUGCGCAGGUGAAGGCCACUACCCUGCAGCAGUUAGGCUGGAUGCAUCACACGGUGGAGCAGCUCGGGGACAGAGGAAGCAGGGACAGCUAUGCCAUCCAGUGUCUGCAGAAGUCUCUGGAGGCCGACCCUAACUCUGGACAGUCCUGGUACUUCCUUGGCAGGUGCUACUCAAGUAUUGGGAAAGUCCAGGAUGCCUUCAUGUCUUAUCGGCAAUCCAUAGACAAAUCAGAGGCCAAUGCAGACACCUGGUGCUCAAUAGGGGUGUUGUACCAGCAGCAGAACCAGCCCAUGGACGCUCUGCAGGCGUACAUCUGCGCCGUGCAGCUGGACCACAGCCACGCCGCUGCCUGGAUGGACCUGGGCACGCUGUACGAGUCCUGCAACCAGCCGCACGACGCCAUCAAGUGCUACAUCAAUGCCACUCGCAGCAAGGGCUGCACCAACACUGCUGCGCUAACCCACCGCAUCAAAUGCCUGCAGGCUCAGUUGAGUAACCCCCAGCUCAGUAGCCUACAGAGUAAAAGUAAAAUGCUCCCUCUUAUUGAGGAGGCAUGGAGUCUGCCAAUCCCAGCUGAGCUAACCUCCAGGCAGGGAGGCCUGAGCAGUGCACCACAGCAGGUGAGAGACCAGAUAGAGCAACUUACCCCACCCACUCCUCCUUCCUCCCCUCUUCUUGCCUCCCCCCCAGCCGACGUGGCGACACUCGACUCGAGCGCGAAUGAAUUUGUUCGAAAUUCUUCGGAUGAGCUGAUUUCAUUGGGUCAGAUGAGACAGAGCGCCUCAGGAGGUCAGGUGCGCCCAUCUCUCCCCAACGGCCCCACUACCAACUCCCUCCCCUCCCCCAAUCCCAGCCUGCACCCCAUGCGGCCCCACCUGGGACUCCACCGGCCACCGUGUCCGCCUCAGCCACUGGCCAACGGGCCCGUGGGCUCCGCGCCGCACGGACACUCGGACCCGCUCCCCGCGGGUGACAGUAGUAACAGUAGUAGUAAUAGUAGUAGUAGUAAUAAUAAUCAGCCAGGGCCCGCGCCCACAGGACCCAACGGAGACGUGCCUUACCUGCAACCUGCCGGCAGCGGCGGUGCAGCACUGCUACCUCACACCUGCACAAACACGCAAACACAGGACGCCAUGCCGCGCCAGGCCCUGCACCUAAACUCCUCUCAGGUGAGACGCCUCACUGAUGACCCGGCCGUCCUGCCCUCCACCCCCCACGCACAGGGCAGCUCAGCUGCCUCCUCGCCCAUCUCUGCCAUAUCCACCGCCACACCUUCGCCCAAAUCCUCAGAGCACACCCAGGCAUGUGGCCACAGUCCUGCUGGCACCGCAGCCACUGCACCCGCCGUCAACGGCAACAGCAAAGGAGGAAUUUCCGAGGACUCCCAGAGCCCGCUGAAGGCUGAGCCGCCUGCCGUCACCAGUCUCAAAGCUACGCCUCCGCACGGACACAGCUCCUCGUCGUCGUCAUCGUCGUCUUCAAUAUCCAUCUACCCCAGCUCCACAGACGUGCUGAAGGCCUGCAGAAACCUGGGGAAGAACGGUCUGUCCAACAGCAGCAUCCUCCUCGAUAAGUGCCCCCCGCCACGCCUGCCACCUCCACCCUCACCAGCCCUGCCCAAAGACAAGCUCAACCCUCCCACACCUAGCAUCUAUCUGGAGAACAAGAGAGAUGCUUUCUUCCCCCCGCUGCACCAGUUCUGCACAAACCCCUCCAACCCCGUCACUGUCAUUCGAGGACUGGCCGGAGCUCUCAAACUGGCUUGUACGCACGCGCCUCCCAACCUCUCUUCUCAAACUCCUCCUUCCUCCAGGAACAACAUCAACUUCCUGAUGGGCUCGUGGUGGCCUAACCUGGAGGACUUGUACGAGGCCGACGUGCCCGUCUACCGCUUCAUUCAGCGCCCGGGCGACUUGGUGUGGCUUAACACUGGCACAGUGCACUGGGUGCAGGCUAUUGGCUGGUGCAAUAACAUCGCCUGGAACGUGGGACCUCUUACCGCUCACCAGUACAAGCUGGCUGUGGAGCGAUACGAGUGGAAUAAGCUCCAGAGCGUCAAGUCCAUGGUUCCCAUGGUGCACCUCUCCUGGAACAUGGCGCGCAACAUUAAAGUGUCCGACCACAAGCUGUUCGAGAUGAUCAAGUACUGCUUGCUGCGGACGUUGAAGCAGUGCCAGUGGGUGAAGGAAGCCUUGGCGGCAGCCGGCAAGGAAACAGUGCUGAGGCCGAGGACCAGGGACGAGCCGGCCCACUACUGCACCAUCUGUGAGGUGGAAGUGUUCAACCUGCUGUUUGUGCGCCGCGAGCUCCUGUCCAAGAAGCAGUGCGUGAUCCACUGCCAGGAUUGUGCCCGAAAAGGCAGCGCCGCACUGGACGACUUCGUGGUGCUGGAGCAGUACAGGAUGGAGGACCUGAUGCAGGUCUACGACCAGUUCACAUUAGCCCCUCCUCUUCAUUCAUCUUCGUCUUGACAUUAGGCGACUCUUCUUCUGCUGUGGAGCCAUGAAGCCCAUUUACAGGAACUUGUACUGAGAUCUAAAAAAACUGAAAGAACAAACAUACACGGACCAUUUCUGAUAUUCAGGAAAGCCAAGGCCGACUCUACCCGACCCCCUCAUCACCACCACCACCACCCACCCUCUCUGCCGCCCCUUCUGUAUGGCUGGUCUCCAUAGCGACGGCUGGAGGCUGAGGCGGCGGAGCGUGUCUGUCUAUGCAACCCCUGUACAAAGAGCCCGGCGGAGGGCCUUCCACAAGAGGGCGCCACACCGAGCUCCAUAACAGGACUCUUGUUUUCUCUCUCUCCCUCCUCCUCCUGUUCUCCGCCUUGCCAGGCCACCCACCCACCUCUCCUCCCUCCCCACUCCUCCUCUAGAGACAAUGGCUCAGCCCUGUUUUAAUUGAGGACUUAAUCAGAUGAUCGGGAACAGGGAGGGGAAGGUGGGGUGGGGGGCGGGGACAAGGGGCAGGGGUGUUUUGUAGAUACUUGUUAACUCUCCCAACUGGCAACACCACCCGUAAAAGACUACUGACUUGACAACCUGUCUUUCUCUCUCUCUUUCUCUUUCUUUCUCCUUGUUUUCUAGUCCGAUGACUGGGUGAUUUUUUUUUUUUUUUAACUUUUUUUUUUUUUUUU